AUGAGCUCGCCUCCAGAGCACAAACCAAAUUCACACAAUUUCCAGUCAACGGACGAUGUUUCUUCUUUAGAAAUGCUUCAUCGUUUGACAGGAAUUGGUGGUGGACCUAUGGUAGCUGUCAAACCAACCUUGUCCAUGUCGCUGGCACUGUCGCCAUUCACCCUCACAACUCUCACAGCCACUUCGAUUCCCUUCAGCCACUCUUGCUUCGUUUCGGAACAGGGAAGCAGGGGGUUGCAUUUUCAAGUUUUUGAAGCUGAGCGCUUUGAGUUUCUUCUCAACUUCACUUUAUGCGGUGGCCUCGACAUUUCAUUCAACUUUCUAACCUCGUCGGAGAAGGGAAUCAGCACCGCUUAUUUCGAUACCUUCUUGACCAUCGAUGACUUACUGAGCAUUGACUACGAAGCUGGUGGCAAAUGGGUUAAAGAGUCUGAAGAGAGGAGUCGUGUCACAAAAACUAUGGAGUGGUUGUUUGACCCUCUUCUACCGCAAACAAAGGAAAUAUGUGAAAAGUUGCUCAAUUUGCCUGGUAUCGACGAGCUUGUAACAGGCAACCACGUACAAUCAUUGGACGAACAAUGCCUUGAGUUCUUCAACCCUCUGAAUCUCCGUAGGUUGCUAAAUACAUACUGGAAAAGGUGGCAUCGAAACUGCCCAGUCAUUCACCCGCCUAGUUUCGACCCCUCUCAAGCUCCAGCAGAAUUAGUCCUGGUCUUAGCACUCAUAGGGGCUUGCGUUUCCAAGUAUCCCAAUGAUGUUCAAAAUGCUCGAAAAUGGUUGGAGCCCGUUGAAAAGCUGGUAUUUUCACUGCCGUGGUUGUCGCGAGAAACUCAGGGUAGUCGAGCAGAUCCGACCCUGACGAGAUAUGCCAAACUGAGAAUAUUGCAAACGGUCAUAUUGAUGUGUGCCUUGCAGACAUGGGAAGGAUCGGAAAAGUCAAAGGAACGAAUCAGAAAGUUCCGAUUUCCCUUUGUCGCCCAAGCCUCUCAAGAGCUAGCAUACCAUCAACCCGAUGAACAGAUAGGUUCAGAUUUGGCGGCAACGCUAAGACACUGGGAUGAAUUUAUCCUCGAAGAACAGAUACUUCGGUAA